AGGCGCGUUUAAAUAAAUAAUAACACACCCCCGUUUUUCAUUCUGGCUCUGCGUUUGUGUGUUCAACUCUUUCUUGUUUCCCGUGCACACACUCUCAGGGCCAGUGAAGUGUUGGUCUUUUGGCUGAAAUGGAAUUUUCAUUGAGUUGACACUGUGCGCCUGCAACAUUGCCAGUACUUGACUAAAGCACUGUUGUACGUCUUGCAAAACAAACUCAUUUCUUUCAAUACUAUCAACAUCACCACAACGACGACGACAAUUGGUGAAGGAAAGAGAGAAAGACUACAUUCAAUUUCUGAACACACAAUCACAAGAUGGAGAACUAUCAAAAACUAGAAAAGAUUGGUGAAGGAACAUAUGGUGUCGUAUACAAGGCAAAAGAUCUCACACCUGCUGGAAAUGGACGAAUUGUUGCUCUAAAGAAAAUUCGUCUAGAGGCUGAAGAUGAAGGUGUACCAAGUACAGCAAUUCGCGAAAUCAGUCUCUUGAAAGAGCUAAGAGAUGACUAUAUCGUUCGCCUAUUCGACAUUAUCCAUCAAGAGUCAAAAUUAUACCUCGUCUUUGAAUUCCUCGACCUGGAUUUGAAGAAAUACAUGGACAACGUGUCAAACAAGCCUGAUGGAUUGGGACCAGAGAUCGUCCGAAAAUUCACCUAUCAACUGAUUCGCGGAAUCUACUUCUGCCACACACACAGAAUCUUACAUCGCGACUUGAAACCGCAAAAUCUACUGAUCGACAAGGAAGGCAACCUGAAAUUAGCAGACUUUGGUCUAGCAAGAGCAUUUGGUAUUCCUCUACGUACAUACACACACGAAGUUGUUACAUUGUGGUAUCGUGCACCUGAAGUCUUAUUAGGAUCUCGUCAUUACAGCACAGCGAUUGAUAUGUGGAGCGUUGGAUGUAUUUUCGCAGAGAUGGCAAUGCGUAGUCCUCUAUUUCCAGGUGAUUCGGAAAUUGACGAAAUCUUCCGCAUCUUCCGUGUUCUCGGAACGCCAACGGAUGAGGAUUGGCCUGGUGUUAAAUCGCUGCCAGAUUACAAAUCAUCUUUCCCACAAUGGAACGGAACGCCUCUCGACAGAGCUGUGCCCACUUUGGACGAGAGCGGAAUCGAUUUGUUGAAGAGCAUGCUAAUCUAUGAUCCAGCAGGACGGAUAAGCGCCAAACGCUGUUUAGGUCAUGAUUACUUUCAAUCGGCAGCCGUGCAUUAACAUUGCUCUGGCGGAAGCACAAUAAUAUCUUUGACAGGUAUUUUUCCUGUUUGGUCUCUCUGACAACUUUACUCAGACCGGAAAUGAAUAUAAUGUAUUUUUCUGAUCCCCUCCUUAGCAGAUCGAAAUGUCAAAGUAACAGAUCAGUUGUAUACCGAUCUGUCUUUGUCUAUUUGAUCUACAUGUUUCUUUCUGCAAUUUCUCACAUGCAUGUAGCUGACUUGCAUUUCCUGAUUCUUUCGGGAACACCUCAGCUUUCCAUUCUUUAUACACCUCUCAUUUUCCAAUCUUCUCGGCUUCUUUUCCCAUGUAGCGCACUAUAUAUAGCAAUCUAUCUUGUUCGUGUCAAAUUUAAUAGAGAUGUCUAUCUAUCCUGAAU